AUGGAUCAAAUUCUGAUCCAGAAAUAUUUACCCAAACUGGAUGAGGAAAUGGACAUCGUUUUAGUGUUUGAAUAUCUUGAAGAAUCCAUAGUAUUGAUGCGACGAAUCUUAAACUGGGACCUCAGAUAUGUUUUACAUGGUAAACUUCGCGUUAAUAAGGUGGAGGAUAAUCGAUUAAAGUUUGGGACGAAUGUUGAAAAACUACAUAAAAGCUGUUGUCAAUUAGAUUAUCAACUUUAUGAAUUUUUUGUUCAAAAAUUGAAAGAAAAAUUAAAAGACCAGCCACCCGAUUUUUAUGAUGAACUGGCCUACUUCAGAAGAACUAGAAUGAAGUAUGAAGACUUCUGUUUGUCCUCAAUUUCUAAUGACGACAACAACGCCAGUAUUACAUUUGAAGGCAGUGCAUGGAAUCGACCAUUCGUCAUCACAUGGGAGCAUUGUAAGAAACUAUCAUUGUUGCUGGGCUUCUGUGCAUUGGUGACGACUUACAGUAUAAGACGUUACAUCAACUUUACCGUAGAUGAGGAGAAAACAAUCCGGGAACAUAUCUUAUAUCGAAAAGAAGAAUCCUGGAGUCAGAUCAAAUACAACCUGACAGGCAAUCCUGUCAAUCACAUAGCUUUUAUAAAGGUACCAAAGGCUGCCAGUACAACGGUCCAGAAUAUCUUUUUACGUUAUGGGGAUGAAACAAAUCUCAUUUUUGCUCUACCAAGGGGCCGUUUUGGGGGUGGCGAUAAGUUGACAUCACAAUUCUUCUUUCCUCCACCAAAAAACAGAAGAUAUGAUAUAUCGUGUGCGCAUGUAAUAUACAAUAGAGCAGACUUUAGCAGGGCUCUACCUACCGAUACAAAAUAUAUAGGAAUCGUAAGGGAGCCGUUCAGCCAUUUUCGAUCCAUGAUCAGAUUUGUGCAUCCCAAAUCCGUGCUAGAUAUGCCAGGAGAAAAUCCCGUUUUGGAAUAUUUGUCGAGAUUUGAUAAAUACAGGAACAAAACGAGCAUUUCUGAUAUAUUUUGCAAUAAAAUGGCACGUUACUUUGGGUUUACCGAUGACUUAAUUUUGAAGAUGGAUCAACCUCAGAUCCGGAAGUAUUUACUCAAACUGGAUGAGGAAAUGGACAUCAUAUUACUAUUUGAAUAUCUUGAUGAAUCUAUAGUAUUGAUGCGUCGAAUCUUAAACUGGGAUCUCAGACAUGUUUUAUACGGUAAACUUAGGGUUAACAAGGUGGAAGAUAAUCGCCUAAAAUUUGGAACAGACGUUGAAAAACUACAUAAAAGUUAUUCACAGUUAGAUUAUCAACUAUAUGAUUUUUUUGCUCAAAAAUUGAAAGAAAAAAUAAAAGACCAGCCACCCGAUUUUUAUGAUGAACUGGCCUACUUCAGAAAAACUAGAAUGAAGUAUGACAAUUUCUGUUUGUUCUCAAUUUCUAAUGACGAUAACAAUGCCAGUAUUACAUUUGAAGGCAGUGCAUGGAAUCGACCAUUCGUCAUCACAUGGGAACAUUGUAAGAAACUGUAUAUUCACUGCGUAACGUUUUUAGAUAUGUUGAUUGAAAAACAACCUGUAGGGUCUCCAGAGUGAUGUUGUUGUAUGGUUGAGAAUUUCACAUGUCACAUGCUUAUUUCAUUUAGUCUUAAUUGACAGGAGUUGGGGAAACAUUUUUGAUGGUAGACGUUGAUUGGAUUAAACAUGACGUGCAAACAAUACAAGCACUUUUUAU